CGCCACCGUGUUUUUAAGUUUUAUUUAUGUCUGAAUAUUCUGUUUGUUCUCAAAACUCUUGUAGUGUAAAUGGCAUUUUUAAAAUAAAGAGCCAAAAAUUUACUGAAUAAAAAUAUUAACCAAACUCGAAUACAUAGAUAUGCUGUCUCGGGCUUCCUGUGGCAAAACAACAAAAUGGCGACAUCAGAGCAGAGAUCUCGCGAACCUAUGUGUCUAAGCGAUUUUGAAGAACUUUCUAAAGAGAGGAUGAGUGUUUUGGCUCUGGAAUACUAUUCGGGAGGUGCUGAUGACGAGGUAACGCUCAAGGAAAACAUUCAGGCUUUCAAAAGGUUGAGGUUAAGACCUAGAAUACUUCGAGGGAUAACAGAAGUGGACAUGUCUACCACUAUUCUUGGUCAUCARGUCAGCAUGCCGAUCUGCAUUUCACCCACAGCGCUACACAAAAUGGCUCACCCUGAUGGCGAGGUUGCAACUGCAAAAGGUUGUGCAAAAUCRCAAAGUCUUAUGAUACAAAGCUUUUAUUCCUCGUCAAAAAUGGAGGAUGUCGUGAAUGCUCUUGGYCAAGCACCCCGCUUGCAGCACUUGUUCAUAUGGAACGAGAAGAAAGAAAUUGUAAGAAGACUUAUCCAAGAGGAGGAACGMUCGGGAGUAAAAGGCUUUCUUAUAACAGUUGACGCGGCCGUSCGAGGAAAAAGACGCUCUUAUACUACUACGACUGAUUUUAACUAUGAUCUUAGGUCAAUGAAUAUAUUUAUGCCGAGAUUUGAAGAAAUGUUCAGUAAACGUGAGGAAUAUACUGAAGAAAAAACAAAAAAAAUUGGAAAUGGUUUAACAUGGGAUAUCAUAUCGUGGGUGAAAUCCAUCACCAAGCUGCCAGUUAUCCUCAAAGGUAUCCUUACAGCAGAAGAUGCUAAACUUGCUGUUCAACAUGGUGCAGAUGCCAUCAUAGUGUCAAACCAUGGUGGUAGACAGUUGGAUGGAGUACUAGCAACUAUUGAUGCUCUACCAGAAGUAGUGUCAGCUGUCAAUGGUCAAGUUGAGGUAUACUUGGAUGGUGGAGUGAGGCUUGGUACCGAUGUAUUGAAGGCAUUAGCACUGGGUGCACGUGCUGUGUUUAUUGGUCGACCUGUGUUAUGGGGACUAGCGUGCCAGGGUGAGGAAGGUGUUCACAAAGUUCUUGAGAUUCUACGCACUGAACUAAAGACAGCAAUGAUUCUCUCAGGAUGUUCCUCAUUAGCUGACAUCCCAGCAUCUCUUGUAACAAAACAAUGCCAAUGCCGUCUCAAAAUGGCGAAAUCAGAACCGAGAUCUCACGAACGGCACGAACCUAUGUGUCUAAGCGAUUUUGAAGAACUUUCCAAAGAGAGGAUGAGUGUUUUGACUCUGGAAUACUAUUCGGGAGGUGCUGAUGACGAGGUAACGAUCAAGGAAAACAUACAGGCCUUCAAAAGGUUGAGGUUAAGACCUAGAAUGCUUCGAGGGAUAACAGAAGUGGACAUGUCUACCACUAUUCUUGGUCAUCAARUCAGCAUGCCGAUCUGCAUUUCACCCACAGCGCUACACAAAAUGGCUCACCCUGAUGGCGAGGUUGCCACUGCAAAAGGUUGUGCAAAGUCACAAACUCUUAUGACACAUAGCUUUUUUUCCUCGUCAAAAAUGGAGGAUGUCGUGAAUGCUCUUGGUCAAGCACCUCGCUUGCAGCACUUGUACAUAUGGAAUGACAAGAAAGAAUUUAUAAGAAAACUAAUCCAAGAGGAGGAACGAUCGGGAGUUAAAGGCUUUGUUAUAACAGUUGACGAACCUGUGCGAGGAAAUAGACGUUCGUAUACUGCCACAACUKAUUUUGAUAACUUUCAUCUUAAGUCAAUGAAUAUAUUUAUGCCGAGACUUGACGAAAUGAUCAGUAAACCUGAGGAAUAUUCUGAAGAAAAAACAUCACAAACUGGAAGUGGUUUAACAUGGGAUAUCAUAUCGUGGGUGAAAUCCAUCACCAAGCURCCAGUUAUCCUCAAAGGUAUCCUUACAGCAGAAGAUGCUAAACUUGCUGUUMAACAUGGUGCAGAUGCCAUCAUAGUGUCAAACCAUGGUGGUAGACAGUUGGAUGGAGUACUAGCAACUAUUGAUGCUCUACCAGAAGUAGUGUCAGCUGUCAAUGGUCAAGUUGAGGUAUACUUGGAUGGUGGAGUGAGGCUUGGUACUGAUGUAYUGAAGGCAUUAGCACUGGGUGCACGUGCUGUGUUUAUUGGUCGGCCUGUGUUAUGGGGACUAGCGUGCCAGGGUGAGGAAGGUGUUCACAAAGUUCUUGAGAUUCUACGCACUGAACUAAAGACAGCAAUGAUUCUCUCAGGAUGUUCCUCAUUAGCUGACAUCCCAGCAUCUCUUGUAACAAAACAAUGGGAAUGCCAUCUUUAACAUCUGUAGGUGUUUUAAUCCACCGGCUUUUUCAAAGAAUCACACAAAGUGUGCAAGUCGUUGCGCAAGUUUGGAUUGGUUAAUAAGACUGGCGUUCAAUAAGAUCAUUGCGCAGUGCGAAUCAAAAAACCGUGGGCGCCUAGAAAUAUUUCGGGAAUGUUUAUUGUUCAUUGACCAAUCAGAAGCGAGAUUAACCGUCAUCAAGUGCAUUUUCACGUGCAAAUUUAAUCAAAACUUCAAUGACGUUACAAAUAUAUUAAACUAGUUGAUCACAAAAAACGGCCUGUAAAAGCUCACAAAUUGUACAAUUUCGUUGUUUAGAAUAAACGCAAAGUUUGUCCAUUUAUGUUUGUCAGCUAAAGUUAGAUUUCAAGUACACAUUCCCGAAAUAUGUCUAGGCAGUGACGGUUUUUCGAUUCGCACUGUAACACACCUAAUUGUAAAGGGCUGUUGGGUUCGAAAGAUCACUGCAUCAUCGAAGAUAACAUUGAAGAGGGGCAUGUGAACUUCAGUAACAAUGGUUUAUGCAUGGCGAUGUAUCAGCCCCACUCGAUGUCUUCACUAGUCAUUCUUCCCAUGGUCCCUUAGUUCUUUACUUCGAUGACGUAACUCGCUCCUCGAAUCUAAUAAAUGCUGAUAUAAUCACAUUUUAAUCUUAAAUUUCAACAAAGACGGUGUUGGUUAAAAUAAGCUMAAUAAAUUUUAUUAACUUA